AUGCUAGCCGCGGCUGAGCGCGAUGAAUACGGUGCUUCGGGGCUCGAGCAGAUGGCAGAGGUUGCAAUUAUUGGCGCAGCUAGCUUAGCAUUGGGAGAAGAUCUCUUUCGACAGCGACCUCGAAGCCGUUCGACAUCUCCUCGUGCCGCAGAGAAAGCCCAUGAUCUGGCUCCAAAGUCCCAGAGUAGACCAUCAUCUCCGGAAGUGUCCCGAAAUCAGGAUCAGUCACGACGCAUGUCUAUCAACCAAUCGACAGAGUCGCCAACUGCAGUACCUUUGCAUUUCCGCCGACCCCCAAUGUCUCCUGGUCUACACCGCUCCGUGCCAUCGGAGGCCCCGACUCCUCCUGGCUCUACCGGCUCUCCAACUCAAUCUCGCCAUCGCCGCCCUAAGUCUGUCGAAAUGUCAGGUGAGAUGCGUCCACUGUUUUUGGUGGAACGUCAUGGCUCAAACAAGGUGGAGCCCGUGGUUGAUGAAAUGCCCUCACUUCCAUCCAGCAAGGCCUCCUCACGAGCUCCAUCUGUUGAGAAUCUCAGAGCUCUUAACGAUGAUGAUGCUGUCAACAGCUGGGAGCCUAUUGAUCCCACUCCAUUGAUUGAUAGCGGAAGACCGAUGGGUCUCAGGAUAUCUACCGAGCAAGCCAAUGAGCCUCAAGCAGAAUAUGACGUUCUUGACUCACAACAAGCAACUCCAACAGCAGAGAGCUUUGGUCAAGUUUCAGAGUCAGCCAGAAAGAAGAAGCUAGAACCCGAGUUUUAUUCUCCAUCAGACCUUCUGCGAGACCCUGCAGGCUACCCGGUUCCAUCAUCAAACCUCGAGGCUCUUCCUUCGCCCGAGGGCUCAGUGAUUGCCGCGAAAGACCUACCUGAAAAUGCAGCUGGUGACCAGGAGCAUGAGCGUGGACUUGAUUCUGUGCAAGAGCCUACUCCCCAGCCUGAGGAGGAAGCUAUUACUGCCGAGAAAUCGACGCCUGACGCCACCGGUCUUGGUUUUGCUGGAUUCGUGGAUGCCGCUGUUAUUGCAGCUGCCAAGGAGGAUAGCAAGUCUGAAUCCGCCGACAAAGAGAUCUCUGAGCCUCUCGCCCAGCUAGAUGACCAACCUGCCCCGGAGGCUGCCGAUCAUGAGGCCCCCGAGAAGUCUUGGCCUGAGCCGCAAUUUGAAUCCUCUACUGCCGCUGAAGCCACACUGCCAGAAUUUUCCGAUAUUGUCGAUGCUGCAGUUGCUGCUCAGGCAAGCCAGGAUAUUAAGUCUGCUAGUGAAGAUCUUGGUGAGCCUGGCACAGCAGUUGAGGAGCAGCCGCCCGCUCAAGUUGAGCCCGAGCCACUAGUUGAAGUUGAAGUGGAUAAGGAGUUGGUUCCCGAAUCAUCUGAACAGCCUAUUGAGUCUGUUGCCUCUCAGCCAGAAGAGGACCCAGUCGUCAACGAGACCACGGAAACAAAGUCUCAGAAAAAGAAGAAAAAGAAGGCAAAGAAGAAGCAGGCUGAUGAGAGCACCGACUUGCCUUCUGAUCUUACGACUGCCGAGGAACAGAUUCCUGCUGUGGAUGCAGCGGAAGCCGAACCCCAGUCUAUUGAUCCUGAAUCAACUCCCACCACUGAGACUGAAGCUCCUAUCGAGACUGAAGCUCCUAUCGAGACGGAAGUUUCUAUCGAGACUGAAGUUCCUAUCGAGACUGAAGUCUCCACUGAAUCCCAGGUUGAGUCUGCGCCAGUGGAAGCUUCCAAAGAGCUUGAAGUCGAGACAUUGCCUGAGGUUCUCGCCGAGUCUACUGGAGUCUUAGAACCGACCGAGGAAUCACCCCUUCAAGCUGCCGAGCCUGACUCAACUGCCUCUGCAGAAGUUGGGUCUGAAGCUGUGGAGCCCACAACCGUUCCUGAGCCCGAGCCACAAACCGAGGCUGCUGUGAUUGAGCCUACUGUGGAUGAUCAGACAGAGGAUUCUGCUGGUCUGUCUAAGAAGGAGGCACGAAAGAACAAGAAGAAGAACAAGAAGAACAAGAGUGUUUCUUCUGUUGCUCCAGAAGAGGAAGUUUCGCGCGAUGUGGUUGAGGAGCAGCCACAAGAGACAGUACCCUCUGCAGAAAUUCAGACCCACCAAGAAGACCAAGAACCUGUUCUUCAAGCCGAGGAUGCUGUCAAAACCGACGAGACUCUGGCCGUAGCGGAAUCAGCGGAAUCAGCGGAGAAAGCCCUUCCCCAAGAUUCCAGCAUCACAGAGGCCCCUGUCCAACCCGAGCAAGAGUCUUCCGACUUCCAGGAUGCUUGGGAGAUGGUAGACCCUACAGCGCCUAAUUCUGUUGAAGGAACCACAGAAGAGCGAAAUGUUCAAGACAUGAGCAUGUCAACUGAAUCUUUUGUCCCCAUCGAAGCACCUACGCCAGAGUUGCAGGAGGGCGAGCAAUCUCGACCUGCCGCCACAGAAGAACAGCCGUUAGAGGAAGUCAAUGUUGUUGCCAACCCAGAAGAGGUAGCCGAGACAGACUCCGAUGCUUUCCACGAAGCCGUCGAGGAGCAGUCUAUUCCGACCGAGGAUGUGAAGGAAGUCGAGACUGAGCUUGCACCCGAAGCUGUUGCAGAUAUCGCCACCUCAACUCCUACCGACAUCCAGGAAACCCAGCCAGAGGAGAUCCCAGAGACUCAAUCAAAGAAGAGCAAGAAAAACAAGAAGAAGAACCGCAAAUCUGCAGCCUUUGACGAGCCGGAAACUCCCUCUGAGCCCCAAGUCGUGCCCGAGGAGACCUCCAAGGAAAUCGAGCCCGAGGAAUUGACAGCCAACACACCUGUCGAAGGCCAAGAACUUGCCGCUGCUCAGUCAUCUGAAGGCCAAGAGCCUCCUGCGGAUGAGACACCAUUAGUUUCCGAGGAGGUUUCCACGGACGCACCGCUCCCAGUUUCUGAGGAGGCAACAGCAAUUGAAGAAGCUAUGCCUAUGCCAUCUGAGCAAGUCGAUGUUGAACCAACACCAUCCACCGAGCCAGUCAAGGAAUCAGAGGAAAAUCAAGACCAGCCUGCUGUCAAUAUUGAAGCAGACGCCGAAGUUCCUUUGACUGCUGCACAAAAGAAGGCCGCGAAGAAGGCUGCGAAGAAGAAGGCAAAGCAAGAGAGCGUCGCUUCAAUUCCCGAAGACACACCGGCCGAGGCUGCUUCUACUGAGAGUCAACUAGUUGAGACUCAAGCUGAGGAGCCUGUCGAGCAGGCGACACCUCUUGUUUCCGAUGAGGCUGCUACAGAUGCCCCAGUCCAGGUUCUUGAGCAGGAAGAGGUGGCUCAAGAGCCUGAGGCUACAUCACCGGAGCAGCUCGAUGUUGAACAAGCAGCUUCCACUGAGUCAACCAAGGAAAUUGAUGAAGCCCAGGAUCAGCCUGUCGCUGAGAUUGAAGGCGAACCUGAAGUGCCCUUGAAUGCAGCUCAAAGAAAGGCCGCUAAGAAGGCCGCCAAAAAGAAGGCUCAGCAGGAGAGCUUGUCUUCUAUCGCAAUCGAGGAGAACCCGGUUACCGAGGCCCCGGCUGAAGUUGCCCCCACUGAGGCGCAGGUAGCCGAACCUCAAACUGACGAGCCUUUGGUUUCUGAGGACACUUCUGUAGAUGCACCAUUACCUGUUUCUGAGGAGGUGGUGGCUCAAGAGCCUGAGGUUGCCUCACCUGAGCAGCUCGAUGUCCAACAAGCAGCUUCCACUGAGUCCAAGGAAAUCGAUGAAGCUCAGGAUCAGCUUGUCACUGAGAUUGAGGCCGAACCCGAGGUGCCAUUAACCGCAUCUCAAAAGAAGGCCGCUAAGAAGGCCGCCAAAAAGAAGGCCCAGCAGGAGAGCUUGUCUUCUAUUGCAGUUGAAGAGAACCCACUUGCUGAGACACCGGCUGAAGUUAUCCCAACUGAGACUCAGGUAGCUGAACCUCAAGCCGAUGAGCCUUUGGCUUCUGAGGAGACUACUGCAGAUGCACCAUUACCUAUUUCUGAGCAGGGGGUGGCUGUCCAAGAGCCAGAGCCCGAGCCUACACCUUCUGACCAGCUUGAUGCCGAGCCAACGUCUACCGAGUCUGUCAAGGAGGUUGAGGUCGAGGAGCUCCAGAACCAGCCAGUCGCCGAGACUGAAACGGAACCCGAAAUUCCCUUGACCGCAGCUCAAAAGAAGGCCGCCAAGAAAGCCGCCAAGAAGAAGGCGAAGCAGGAGAGCGUUUCUUCCAUUCCCGGUGACGAGACCCCGGCUGAAGUCCCCUCGGCAGAGAACCAGCCAGCCGAGGCGGCCCAAGUCAGUGACCCUGUCGACCCUCAAGUGACAGAAUCUUCAGACCCGGUUCCUGAGGUCGAAACUACUAUCAUCGAUGAAACCCAGGAAACCCCUGCCUCCGAAGUCAUUCCAACAGAGGUAGCGGAUACCAAGGAUCCUGAAGCAUCCGAGCCUGUUCUGGAUAUCGUUGAAGAGACUCCUAGUGCUGAAGCUGUUCCCGCCGAGAUUGAGCAGACCAAGGAGCUAGAGGCUGGACCUGAGCCGGCAUUGGAAACUGCUGUGGAGACUGAUACUCAACCAGCUGCAGCUGAGCCCCCCAUCACUGAAGCUUCUGGAGUGCCACAAGAAAAGCCGGAUGUCGAGCAGCAAUCCGAAGAGCCGCCCGCUGGUAUGUCAAAGUCCCAGAAGAAGAAGUGGAGAGAAAAGCAGCGGAAACUGCAGCAGGAAAGCAUGAGCUCUGUUCCUGAGCAGACACCCGCCAUUGAGUCUUCCGCUGUGCCCGAGGCUUCUGCUCCCGAACCAACUCCUGAGCCGGAAUCCCUUCCGACCUCUGCUGUGACUCAAGAGGCUAUCACUGAGACUGCAAAUGAGGCUCCUGUGGAUUCUAGCAUGGACUUAGAUGCUCCCGUUCCCGCUUCCACCGAUGCCCCGGCCAGCGAAGAAGUUACAGUAUCUACGACCGAUGUCGACGCUGUGGAUCCGAGCAAAGAUGUCCAAGCCGAGCCUCUAGCUGAGAAUCCUGUGACCGAAGGGGUUGCUCCUCCUGCCGAGGUGGUCCCUGAUCAGGAAACGCAGGUCGAGGCAGCCGAGGCUGAGCAAACCAAGGAAGAUGAAUCGACGAUGACUGCCGCCGAAAAGAGAAAGGAGAAGAAGAAAAACAAGCGCAAGUCCAAGCAGCUUGAGAGCCAGCCCGCUUCAGACGCUGAGCCUUCUUCUGAGCAAGGACCCACUGAAAAAGCGGAAGAAUCUGUCGAGCCUGAAUCCUCGGCCUCUACCGAGCUCCCUCCUUCAAUUGAGGAAAAUGCAGUCGCGGUAGAAGACGCAGAUUCCGAGCAGAAGGUCGACGAGAAGCCCGAAGGUGAGGAUAGCCAAGACACGCCUGCAAUUGAAAAAGACGCUUCGACAGUUGAUGCUCCAGGCCUUUCUUCUGAGCUUGAACUUGAGCAGGUCACCGGUGUUCCCCAUAUGGAAGAAGUCUCUUCUGAGCCUGUGGUUACGGAUACUAGUGCUGCCAUUGAGACAACCGAAGAGAAUGCACCACCUUCUGGAGAAUCUUCCGAAGACAAGGCUGUAUCUGACCAACUUUCUGAUGAAGCAGUUGCCAGUGCGGAAUUGCCAUCUGAGGUCCGCUCUACCGAAGAGCCCGCAGCUGCGACCGUUGAGAGUGCAGCGACUGAUCAAGCCGACGAAACCGAAUUGAACCUUGCCGGCUCGAAAAAGAAGAACAAGAAAAAGAAGAAGAAGGGACAAUCCACUCCUACCGAGCAAGAGCUACUGCCAGAGUCUCAACCUGAAACUCCUGUAGAAGAAGCCUUGGUUGAGUCCACUCCUAUCGAGGAUGUUGCACCUGUCCUGCAAGAGGAGGCCGCGAACCCCGAAGAAUCCGAGCCACUACAAGAUAAGACUGAGGAUCUUGCAGUUGAGCAGCCAGUUACCGAGGCUGCAGAGACUGAGCCCGAGUCUGUCUCCAAGAAGUCAAAAAAGGAUAAAAAGAAGAAGCGCAAGUCUGUCGCUUUUGACGAUGAAAGCAAUGUGACUCCAUCCGACAGUCAGGCAGAACAGGAGCUGGAAUCCCAGGCUGCGCCUCCGACCGAAGUUGUUGCAAGCGAAUUGACACCUGAAGAGCCUGCUCAGGCACCUGCAGUGGACGAACCCGGGGCCGCUCAAGAGGAAACACCCAAGCAAGUCCUUGACAUUCCCGAGGCUGUUGAACCGAUUGAACAGACCACCGAGCCAGAAGCUCAAGAACCAGAGGGAUCUAAGGAAUUGCAAGAUUCUUCUGCCGCUGUUCAAGAUGAGGAGCAGCCCGAGGCUGUGGCAGCCGCUGAAGGUGAAGAGGAGGAUCUUGACCUCACUAAUCUAUCCGCCAAGGAGCGCAAAAAGAUCAAGAAGCAGAGGGAAAAGGAGAGAAAGAAGAAUGCCAAGUCCGUGGACUUAACCACGCAAGAGCCAUCCACGCCAACGGAGCCCCAGCAACCCGAAACUGAGGCCUCUCAACCCCAGGAUAACGAGACUACUACUACAGAGGGCAUCCCAUCCAUGGAACCAGAUGCCGAGACAAGUAAAUUGGCGGAAACUUCCGGUGUCACCGAGCUUGAUACAACUGCUGCAAUCGAAGAAGCGUCUAGUAAGGAAGCCACAGAAAAAGCUCAACUGGUUGAGCAACAACUAACAAACACCAUAGCUGAGACUCCAGCCGAACCCGAUGUCUCCAAGGAGCUAGAGGGACCUUCUGAGCCUACCACCGAAGCAGAGCCCGACUCUGAGAUGACCGCCGAGGAGCGCCGCAAAGCCAAGAGGGCAGAAAAGAAGAAGAAGCGCAAGUCAAAGACUCCCGGUGCCGACGAACUUAAUGCUGAAUCCGACGCCGCCGCUACAAACAUCGUUCAAGAUGCCGGAAAGGAUACCACGGAGCUCAAUACAUCCGUGACAGCUCCCUCGCCUGCUGAAGAUGACGGUAAAGAAAAUCAGUCCCACGACAUUGGAACGCCCGACGUACCGCCUCAAAGUUUGACUUCGACUGAUGACAUCGUAUCUUCGCAGGUAGAGCAGCCGCAGUUAGAUAAUCGUUCUUCAAAUUAUCCUCCCCAGCCCGUUCUUGAGCGUUCAGAUGAAUUUCGCGAAUCGGAGGAUGGCGUUGAGAAAGGAAGCGAUGAGCCUGUUGCGCCCACUACCCCAGAGGUAGAGGACGCAACGGGUGGAGAAGAGAAGGAUAUUGGUACUGGAGAAAUUGAGGACGAAAAUGUUGAUGAAACGAUAGAGAAAGACUUGGAAAAUGUAUUGAUGGAGGAGGAAAGAGGAGAAGAAAACGUUGAGAUUGUUAAUUUUAAAGAUGAGACUGUGGUGCCAGAGGAAAAGAUGAAUGUGAAUGAAGAGACGACGUCUGAGGUGCUUGAUGAGACACCAGCUCAGAUCACAGAGGAUAUUGCUCUUUCUGGUGAGCUCGAGCCGGUCGAAGUUGAGGAGUCAGGAAACUCCAAAAAACAGAAAAAAAAGGACAAGAAAAAACAGAAGAAGAACCAACAAGAGGAGGAAAACAUUGAAUCAGAGCUCGUCCCCGAGCCAGAGACAGCGGCAGUGGACGAGGGACAAACAGAGGCUGUACCUUCCGCUACCGAGGAAACGGAGAAGGACGUGGUACCGGAACUCGACCCAGUAUCGGCCAUUGAGGAGCUUCCCGUUGAUCAGGAUCCAGCCGCCACUGAUGUACUCGACCCACAGUCAGUUGAAAACGUCAAUACUGCCCUCGAUACUGAGUCUGUCGACGAACAGGCCGACAACAACCCCCAAGAAGAAGCACUGGAAAAAGAGAUUGAGCCUCCUGUUGCUAAUAUCGAGAUUUCCGAAGACCAAUUCAACACCGAGGUUGUGCAAGAGACUGAAGAUGUCGACUCAAAGAUGACUGGGGAAGAACAGCCGGCUGCAACCGGCGAAGCUGAACCCGUUGAGCUCUCUACCGAAGUCCCAUCUCAAGAUACCCCGGUGGAACAGCCAGAGGAAGCUCCGGCCCCAACCUCGGAAGUUUCAAAAGAAGCAGCGGCCGUCCCUCCCGUCGCGGAAGAGCCCGUUGAUGAAUUCAAAGGAAUGAACAAGAAGCAGAAAAAGAAGAAAAUGGCCGAGAAGGCGGCGGCGGCUGCUGCUGCUGCUGCCGCGAUUGAAGCCGAAACUGCGUCUGAACAACAGUCUUUUUUUGAUCAGCCUCAAACCACUGAGCAAGUUUUGGAGACGCCCAUUGAUAAAUCUGAACUUCCAGACGAUGCUCAGCACGAGUCUGUGCAAGUAGACACCAGUGAGCCAUCGGUGCUUAUUCCUGUUGAGCCUGCUGCGGAUGUCUCCGAGCAGCCAGUACAGGAGCCCGAGGCUCCAAUUGAAGUCUCUGAAAAACCGACGGAUCGCGAAAUCAUGGAAGAAGAAGCUGCUGUGGUCGCACCCGAGCUUUCAAAAAAGGAAAAAAGAAAGGCGAAAAAGAAUUCAAAGCAGGGAGGUGCUGGCCUAGCCAUGGAUCUCGCGGACGAACCUUCCGCACCCGUCUCGGAGACUGAACAUGAACAGCCCGAGGCUCCUUUGAAUGUUGAGGCACCUAGCACAGAAGAGCCAGAAGAAAAUGUGUUUGAGACGGAGCCUGAAAUAACAACCGAAGAAACGCCCGUGGAGAACCUGCGCGACAUUGAGAUUGAGCAUGCUGAAUCUGCCGCUACCCAUGAGCAUGACAAGCCUGCAGAGGAACCCCGGAGCCAACUGGAAGACGAGUUUGAGAAAUCCAAUGACGACUUUGUUCCAAUUUCAUUUGAAUCCUCCUUCCCAGCUGAGACCGAUACGCAAGACUACUUCGCCGAGCCUUCUCAAGAUACCGCUGAACCCUUACAUCAGGAAUUCCACACCAAGGAGGAUGAGAAAAAGGAUGAGUUAGAAGGCGUGAGCCAAGUUCAAGCCUUGGAGCAAGAUGUGCAACCCUUGAAUACCGAGCAGUCUUUCGAUGAUCCAUCUCUACAGGUUGAAGAAACCCCCGUGCUUGAUCCAAGGAAGAUGUCCAAGAAAGAAUUACGAAAAGCCAAGAAGAAGGGCCUUUUGCCAGAAGAUGUCCCGGAAAGCCUCGAGGAUGAAACGCCAGAAAGCACUACUGGAGAGAUCUCGGCACCGGUGCCAACUACUGUUGCUGAGGAAGCACAAACUACAGCGACUCCUCAAUUGAUCAGAAACCGUGACCUUGGAACCGUGCCAGAAGUUGAAUAUCUUGAGACAUCGGCACCAAACCCUUCCGAGCCAGUCAACGAAGAGCCAGAGUCAUCACUCUCCCGAAAGGACUCCAAGGCUUCAAAGAAGGCAAAGAAGGCUGCGAAAAAAGCCCAAGCUUUAGAACUUCAAUCGCCAGCUAAUGAGACCGACCACCGCGAAUUGGAGCUGCCUGUCGAAAAAGAACUGUCUUUCAAGGAAGAGCCGGAAACUGAAGCCCUGGUGUCACGUGAGACAAGGCAAGACGAGGAGUGGCCUACGAUUGAAUGGGAGCAAGGAAGCUCUGAAAGGCCUGUGCCGGCCCAUGAUCAAACUACAGAGCCUGAGCCUGCCACCGUUGUCCGAAUCCCCGAUCCCCCCGAGGCCAUCGAGGAGUAUGAUGAGCAUGCCAUUCCAACAGCAUUGCAAGAGGCCCAGGAGCUGGAGGCAGGAUCGGAAGAACCUCUUAGCAAAAGCGCGAAGAAGAAGGCUAAGAAAAACAAGAGGAAGUCCGAGCAAGUGACCUUCGCAGAGCCCACCGAAUCUACACAUGAUUUUACUCAUAAAGACACCGAGCUAGCCAUGGAAUCCAAGGAUGAGUUGCCAGCAGAGAUCUCUGACUCCCGCGAGAUCGAAGUUGAGCCCCCAACGAGGUCUUUGACCCCCGGAGGAUCCAGCGUUGCCAACCUUUUUCCUGGACUACCACGAUCGGGAUUUCGACUGAAGAAGACAGCCGCGUCGGUAAAAGAUAGUGCUGAGGAUGAGACGACAGAGGACUUGGAAGCCAAUCGUGACAUCGCGAUCCCCGUCUCGGAAGCACCCCCUUAUGCGACCACUGAAUCUAAACAGAUUCCCGAAACCGAAGCCGGCCCUGAGCUGGCACUUGAAGCUACAGAGGAAAGCUAUUUCGCCUUGAAACAGCAUGAUCCGGCAACGGAGGUUCUUUCUACGGAGGAAUCUAUUCAUGAACCAGAACUUCCAGUACAAGCCGAACGUUCCUUGGAUAAACCGGCUUCAGGGCCAGUGCAAUCAGGAUUGGAUUUUGAUUUCCUACGCUCAUCCUCGCCUACUCGCAUGGAAGAGCACUCUACGUCUCGGCACCUCCUGCCAUCUCAAAUGGAGGGCGUCGCUGAAGAUGCUUGUGGAUUACGCCGAACUCCCUCCGUUCUCCAUGGGCGCCACCAGCACACUCCCCGGACAUGGAAUUUGGAAGAUCAAACAAUUCCAGCGAUGGCCCCAUCGCCACCUCGAUCUCUCUUUGGACCAUUCCAUGGAGAGCAUGAUUCGAUCUCUCGGCCCCGGACUCCACUAGGCACAAUUGCGGAGCAAGAACCAGUGGAUGGAUUCAAAGCGACCACGGCUCAGCACGGGACGCCCCGCCUCGAAAUUAAGCCUGAGCAUGUCUUGCGACCUGUUACUCCAGAGCGUCCUGUUCCCACUGCACGAAGCAUUUCCCCUGUGCGGAAAUUUACAGACAAUUCUCGUGGGCGGGAAGCUUGGCCAACGCCAGAAAAUGAAGCACGACGCAGCCAGGAAGAUUUGGCAAAAAUUCGCAGUGACGGUGAAUCCCCUAUUCUAAAAACACCUGAGCAUGGGAUGCCAGUGUUGAGGCCCUCCGAUAGCAAGGGCAAGCUGCGUCGCACGAAUCGGAGUACGAGUAGCGAUCUGCGGGCGGCUAGCCGUGCGCUAGACUCCCAGCCUCCCUCAAAUCUCGAUCUCGAUCAGCUUCCUUCUUCUUCCUCUUACGACCCCGUCACCGACAAGGGCAAGCGUCCUAUGCGCAACAUGUCGGAUGUCUAUGAAGGAUGGGGCGAGACUCCCAGUUCCCCGCGGUCGCCCAGCCGACCGCCUAGUGUUCGUCAUCGCCGAAGCAUGCAACACUUACAAGACCUCGAAUCUCGUCUUGACCAACUGAUCUCAGAUAAUCGUCUACUCGCUGCUGCCCGCGAUGAAGCCGAGGACAGAUUGCGCAAUUCCAGUGUCGCUCGACGGAAGAGCGACCAAGCUCUCUACACCAGUGGCGCCGACUUGCGCGACCGCAAAGCAGAGGUAGAACAAUUAAAGAACUCCGUGGACUGGUUGCAAAAGGAGACGACCCGCCUCACUCAAGAAAAUGAAGCCCUGACAGCAUCCAAUGCUGCCCUCGCUGCUGCCCAUGCUGCCGAGGUUAGCAAUGUGCGUGAAUCGUCGACUCGCGAGCUGGACGACCUACGAUCUCAACACGAUAAUCUGUCAAGUCAGGUCGACAGGCGUGUGCGACAAGAAAUUGAGUCUUCCAUAGCUCAGAAAGAUGCUGAGUUGCGGCGCCUACGCACUGAGCUUGAAGCUGCCCGCGACAAAGUCCAGGAAUUACAGCAGCAGAUCUCCGCGUCCGUCCAUGACAACGCCCUAGUCGUCCGAGAUGAAGACUAUUUCCACGCUUCGUGCCAAAAGCUGUGUGGCCAUGUCCAACAAUGGGUCCUCCGCUUCUCGAAGCACUCCGACCAUCGUCGCUGCCGUCCACUGAGUGAAUUAAAAGACGAAAAAAUCGCCGAUCGCUUCGAUAAUGCCCUCCUUGAUGGCUCCGACGCCGAUUCCUUGCUGUCUGACCGAGUGCGCCGCCGCGACGUGUUCAUGUCGGUCGUGAUGAGUAUGGUAUGGGAAUACAUCUUCACUAGAUAUCUAUUUGGUAUGGAUCGGGAACAGCGUCAGAAACUCAAGUCUCUGGAGAAGCAAUUGGGAGAAGUUGGUCCUCGUCGCGCAGUUCAUCGCUGGCGCGCCACCACUUUGACCUUGCUGUCCCGAAGGCCCGCAUUUGCCUCCCAACGCGACAGCGACACUGAAGCCGUCGCUUUGGAGAUUUUCGGUACCUUGUCCCGUGUAUUGCCACCCCCAUCACAAGUGGAAGCGCAAUUGCUCGAAUCUCUGCGCAAGGUACUGCGUGUGGCUGUCACUCUUUCCCUGGAGAUGCGAACUCAGCUGGCUGAGUUCAUCAUGCUGCCUCCGCUUCAACCUGAAUAUGAUACCAAUGGAGACCUGGCCCGCCAGGUUUACUUCAAUGCAUCACUGAUGAAUGAGCGCAGUGGUGAAACCAGUUCGAACGAUGAGCUAGAAUCGCAGCAGGCUGUUGUGCGCAUUGUACUCUUCCCUCUAGUUGUCAAGAAGGGCAACGAUGUUGGUGAGGGUGACGACGAGGUUGUCGUUUGUCCCGCUCAAGUCCUCAUCGCCCGCCCUGGCAAAGACAAGAAGCUAUCUCGAAUGAUGAGUGGUGACCGGAUGUCGCUGGACGCAAACAAAUCCGUUCACAGUGUGGCACCAUCCACCUUCACAAUGGACAUGGGUAGUAAUCAGUUUUGA